UUUAUCAAAGCGGACAAAUUAGGACUAGCAGAUCGCCUGAAAACUCCUCCUUCUCCUCUUUUGCCGUCUUGCACCGCGAAACCAGAAUCACUCCCUGGAAACAACAACAACACGCCCACCAAACUCAACCUCUGUUCACUCUUAUUGUUAGCUGGCUGGCUGGUUUUGCUUGGUUUAGGGGAAUUUGCUCCCUUUCUCUCUCUCUCUUUCUUUUACUCUCUUUUCUCUGUUUUUGGAAGCGCAAAGCACGCCUUCUUGUUCUUGGACUCAACCCGGCUUGUGUUGCGAGGGGAAACAAAGGGCGUGAAUAGUAAAGCAACGGAGUCGCGAUGUGGGGUCCAAGUGCCAGCCUGUACCCGCCACGUGUCGUCUUGAUGGCCC